UCAAUUGAUAUAAGAUUGGGGCAUAAAAAUGUAUUUGGCCAAAAGUAAUCUUGAUAGUGUAUUUGUAGCUAACACUUUUAAACGGGUAAAGAUGGGUUUGGGCUAUAAAAAUUGAACUUCUUUAUAUCCGAAAAUAUGAUUCCCAGCCCAUUCGUAAUUGGAUCAUGAUAAUCACUACAUCCAAACAGAUGCUUUUGGCAGUUUGGCGGAAGCAUAUAAUCCUACUCUCAUGGUUUUGCGGGAAAAAGCAAGAGAUAUAAAUAAAGCAAAAGAAAAUCAAUCCAAACUAGAAGAAAAAAAAAAACAACAACAACAAUGGCAAUUAGAGAAAUUGAAAGCGAAGAUGAAAAUGGGCCAAAAUUUGAAGGAUUUCCGUACAAACCAUACUCUAUUGAGGUCGAGUUCAUGAAGGCACUUUAUGGUUCUUUAGAUAAAGGCGGCAUUUCCAUGCUUGAAAGCCCUACAGGUACUGGAAAAACUCUGAGUAUCAUAUGCAGUACUUUACAAUAGGUCUAUGAUCAAAGGCAAAAGGAUAAGUCGAAAUCAAAAGCUGAAUCUGAUAAUGGUCAAAUUGGCUUUGAUGAUGAACCUGAUUGGAUGAGAAACUUUGUUGCUAAUGCUAACAAAGAUGAUGAUUUAAAAAAACAAGAAAAAGAAGUCAAGUUGAAGAGUAAAUUAGGGUUAAGAAGAAAUUUAAAAAAGAGAAAGAUCAGGGAAAGUUAUAAUCAAAGAUCAGAGAAAGGGGAAGAUUUUUGCGUAAAGAAAGGGAAUAACUUCAGUUGGAAAAAGAGAAAUGACGAGGUAGAGUUGAGUGAUAAGGGUUUUUUGUUGGAAGAUUAUGAAAAUGAAGAUGAAGGGACAAUCAAAUCAAAGAGGAAGAUAGUUGGUGAGGGUUUGGUUACUCCGUCCUCAUCAAGUGAUAAGGAUGAGGAUGAUGACGAGGAUGACGAGGAAAAGGAGUUGAGGAUUUAUUUCUGUAGUCGGAUGCAUUCACAGCUUUCACAAUUUGUAAAAGAGUUAAGGAAUACUCAUUUUGUUAAUGACAUAACUGUUGUGUGUUUGGGAUCUAGGAAGAACUUUUGUGUAAAUAAAGAGGUUUUGAAACUUGGAAAUGCUACACGGAUCAAUGAGCGAUGCUUGGAGUUAUAAAAGAAGAAAAAUGAAGUAUCUAAAAUCAAAACCUUAGGUGUGGAGGGAAGAACACGCCAAACCAAGGUUUCUUCUGGAUGCCUAAUGCUUAGAAAGCAUAAGCUACAAAGGCAAUUUAGGGAUGAGAUUUCUCAACUAGUAGCUCUCGAUAUUAAAGAUCUUGUUCGGAUUGGAAGAAGCAUUGGGACUUGUCCAUAUUAUGGCUCCCGAAGCAUGGUCCCAGCAGCUGACCUUGUGGUUCUUCCAUAUCAAUCUCUUCUAUCAAAAUCAUCACGUGAAAUGCUUGGGCUGAACUUGAAGAACAAUAUUGUUAUAAUAGACGAGGCACAUAAUCUUGCCGACCCCCUCAUCAGCAUGCAUGAUGCAAAAAUUACAUUAUCAGAGUUGGAUCAUGUACACUCUAGCAUAGAGAAGUACUUUGCAAGGUUCCACAAUCUCUUGGGACUUGGCAAUCGAAGAUAUAUCCAAACUUUGAUGGUUCUUACUAGGGCUUUCUUACAAACUCUACAUAGUGAGAAGGAUUUGGACCAUGAGAAUAUUUGCCAAGUUGAAGAGAAAGCAGUUGAAGUCAAAACAGCCUUUGAUACUUCGAUGGCCAUAAAUGAUUUUCUCUUUUCUCUUAAUAUAGAUAAUAUUAAUUUGGUGAAAUUGCUAGAGUAUAUUAAGGACAACAAUAUUAUCCACAAGGUAACUGGCUAUGGAGAAAAGGUGGCUAGCUUGCAGAAAGAGUCGGUUCCAAUUGACAAUGGGGAAUAUGGGGAGGAAUGGAGCACUCUCUUUAGUUUCCGGGCAUUAGUAGAUAUGUUGGUAUCACUGACCAAUAAUGAUGGUGAUGGACGCAUAAUAAUCUCAAAAUCAAGAUUAACAUGCUCUGGAAGAGGAGGGGGAUUUUUAAAAUAUGUUAUGCUCACUGGGGAAAAGAUGUUUUCAGAGAUUGUGCAUGAAGCACAUGCAAUUGUGCUGGCAGGAGGGACUCUACAACCUAUGGAAGAGACAAGAGAGAGACUUUUCCCGUGGUUACCACCAAGGCAGCUGCAUUUCUUUUCAUGUAGUCAUAUUGUCCCUCCUGAGAGUAUUUUGCCGAUUGUAGUUUCCCGUGGCCCUUCUGGUCAAUCAUUUGAUUUCAGCUACAGUUGUAGGAGCUCAUCAAAUAUGAUAGAGGAGCUGGGGCUGUUGCUAUGCAAUUUGGUGGCAAUUGUUCCUAAAGGAAUUGUUGUAUUCUUCUCUUCAUUUGAGUAUAAGGGAAAGGUCUAUGAUGCAUGGAAGACAUCAGACAUUCUUGAGAGGAUUAAGAAAAAAAAAACGAUCUUCAGAGAGCCUAGAAGAAACUUUGAUGUGGAACUUGUUCUCAAGGACUACAAGGAAACAAUUGAAACGUUGUUUACAGUCUCCAAAGAAGAGGUAUCACCUUAUAAUGGUGCAAUAAUCCUAGUUGUAGUUGGUGGAAAGAUAUCAUAAGGCAUCAACUUCAGUGAUGAGAUGGGUCGAUGCAUAGUUAUGGUGGGACUACCUUAUCCAAGCCCAUCUGACAUCGAGUUGAUAGAGAGGGUGAAGUAUAUUGAAAGUUUGGGAGAGUCUAAUUCUACUAAGAACCCCAGAAUUUCAUAUGGUGAUCAAUAUUUCAGUGGGGAUGUUCAGGCUGCAUUCAGCAUCCUAAGGAGUUGCAAGCAUAGAGGACAAGAGUAUUACGAAAACCUCUGCAUGAAAGCCGUAAACUAAUCAAUUGGUAGAGCAAUACGGCACAUAAAUGACUAUGCAGCAAUUUUGUUAGUUGACAUGCUUUAUGCAUCUGAUUCCUCAAAAAGAAGCUUCUCUCAUCCAACUCACAAGCUUCCGCAGUGGAUAAAAGAUCGCCUCGUCUCUACAACCAAUAGUUAUGGCGAAGUCCAUAGGUUGGUGCAUCAGUUCUUCAAAUUCCACAAGAACAAAAUUUUCCAAUAG